UUCAACCGCCACUUCCUCUGUCGUCAUCUCCCCGCGCAUCUCAGAUCCCUCUGUCAAUUUGCUCUGUCAAAGACAAACCGAAACGUAAAAAGUCUACUAUUUGAUUUGUAACACCGUCUUUCAUAAAAUGACUGGAUAGUUGAAACCCCCAAACAUCACCGAAUUGAGCCAAAAGAAUCGGCAAAGAGGCGCCAUGGGGGCCGUGAUCUCGCGAUGGAAGACAAAACCAACCGCAGUGGAGCAGCUGGAGAACCUGGACAAGGAGAUAAAAGAGCUGGAGGAAUUUCGAGCCAAAAACCAGCGACUCCAAAAGUUGUGGGUGGGCCGGCUUCUCCUCUACUCGUCAGUCUUCUACCUGCUGACCUUUCUGGUGGUCUAUUGCCUCUACCUGCCUGAUCAAUGGCUUCGCAGAUUAGCCAUGGCGCUGCCUUUCUUCCUGUAUCCGGGGCUGGUGUGGUUCAUCCGGAAAUUGCUCAUUUUUCUUUUCUCGAAACGUACGGAGAGGAACAGUGACAUCCUGGAAGAAUUGAAGGUCACCAAAAAAAAGAUCUUAGAAGAAGUGAUGGAAACGGAGACAUACAAAAAUGCCAAACUCAUCCUGGAACGCUUUGACCCAGAUGGAAAGAAGAAAGCAGAGCUGGAGUCAACCCCAGUGCGACCUCAGAUGACUCCCAGGCCAGGACAAGACAUUCGCCAACGUGGAGUGGCCGGGAGACCCCCGGGUACCCCUGCUGCCGUGCUGAUGACUCCCUUGCCUGGAGGUCGACCCACGCCGGGCCCCGGGGCCACGCCUGUCGCUCCAGGCGGUCCACCCGAGAGAGGUGCCCUGUCCGCCGCUGUCCACCAGGGGGUAGUAGCCCGAAGCCCCACCUCCCCUAUACCCGGUUUAGGCCUGCACCCUCCGGGUCCACCCCUGGCGAGGCCCGUUCUGCCCCGAGAGAGGGGCGCUUUGGACCGAGUGGUUGAAUACUUGGUGGGAGACGGACCGCAGAACAGAUACGCUUUGAUCUGUCAGCAGUGCUUCUCCCACAAUGGCAUGGCCCUGAAAGAAGAGUUUCAAUACCUAGCCUUCCGCUGCGCGUAUUGCUACUUCCUGAAUCCCGCCCGGAAGACGCGUCCGCAGGCUCCCAGGCUUCCGGAAUUCAGCUACGAGAGGAAGCUGCGGACCGAGGUGCUGUCUCCAGAACGGACACCGCGUUCUGGCGCUGACACGGAGGAGAGUGCGCCCCCCUCUGGAGCCAAGGCGCCGGCGCCGUGGAGUUUGGUCCACAGUUUCCCCGUCCAGCAGAACCCUCAGAAUCGUGCUCGGCAGAGUCCAGACGAGCAGGAGCCGCCGGGCGAAGGCCGCCGAGCUCGCACAGAAAUCACUGAGGCCGAGAGCCGGGUCGAGGAGGAGACAGACGACGCUGAAGAAUCUGAGGAGCUGGUCCAGGAAGAGGAAAAGGAGGACAAGGAAGAGAGAGACAAAGACUCCCCCGCUCAUGCACCUCAUCUUUCAUAGCUGCGCAGGAAAAAGGUGUUUGCACUCGCUGCCACAGGCAACAGAAACUAAAUGCUAAUUGGCAGGUGGAUGAGUUUUCUUUUUUUUUUUUUGUGCCCGUAUUUAUGAUUAAGUCACAAGUGAGUUGCUGUUUGGAGGAAAAUUACAUUCGUGAUGCCUAUCAUCAUAAAAUGUUAUGCAAAGGCUAUGUUAAUAACAUGUUUCAUGAAUUUAGUAGUCCACCUACACCCCCAAAAAAGUUAUGUUUUUUUUCCCUUUAUCUCGUGAAAUCAUUGGCUAAUUAAUUAUUGUGAUAACACAAAUAAUUAAUCAUAUAGUCAAACAAUUUUGGGGUAUACAAUAAUUUGCUAGCUUGCGCUAUCAGCUAAACAUCAGGGAAAGGACGGAGAGAACUAGCAACAACAUGAGAAAUGAUUAGUUUGCAAAUAUAAUUUCGACUAAGAUGACAUUGUUCUCAAUCCCUUUUAGGGUAAUUUGUGGCUAGGCAGAAUUCACAAUGACCCCAUUAAAACAUACAAAGUAGGAAUUUCGAAAACAAUGCUCUCAUGCUCACUCGACUGUCGCACGAGAUGUAGGAUUUUCGAUUCUUAUAUUUUUCACUCCCGUUGUUUUAGAAAUGGCGGGCAUUAUUUUUGUAGCUUGUCAGUUAGCUGGCUUUACGACUGCUGUUGAUCAUUCUUGAUAGAUAAUCAUCAGGACUUCACAAGAGCUCACUUUGAACUGCCACUUUGUCCCUUUUUAUAAGUGUUUGCCAAAUGGCUUCUUGACUACAUUUGCACUGACUUUCCGAGUAUAUAUUUGACCUUAAAUAGUUGGAUCGAUGCAACUGUUACUUUUAGGUUCUCUGGCUUCCAUGUAGCGGUGUAAUGAACUGAUGUAUCCGUUAACUUGUGUUUCUUUACUUUUUUUCAUGUUUACAUCUCGCCAGCGUGCUACUUUUGCCAACCACUUUUAUUUGGACUUUUAAGUGAUUCCAUCGGCAUGUUUGGUUCCAUAAACACACCUGAGACAAAA